CUUUUUAUCUCUGAAGGUGACGUGUAGAAAUUGUCCAGCUCAAAAUAAAAACACACGAAUAAUAUGUUACUCAAAAGUAUAUUUUCGUUUCUAGUCCUCUUUAUUAUAAUAGAUUUAUCAACCGCCUUAUACUUCCAUAUUGGAGAAACCGAAAGAAAAUGUUUUAUAGAAGAAAUCCCAGAUGAAACAAAUGUGAUUGUUAACUACAAAGUGGAGCUAUACGACCCGAAAAGUGGUGGAUUUAUGCCUUCAUCACCUGGAAUUGGCAUGCAUGUAGAAGUCCGUGAUCCAGAUGAUAAAACAUUAUUGUCCAGAGUGUACAGCUCGGAGGGAAAAAUCUCGUUUACGUCUCACACGCCUGGUGAACACGUAAUUUGCAUGUACUCAAAUAGCAGUGCAUGGUUUUCAGGCUCUCAGCUGAGGGUACAUCUGGACAUUCAAGUUGGUGAACAUGCCAUUAACUAUGGUGAAGUUGUCAAGAAGGAAAAGUUAUCAGACUUACAACUGAGAAUUCGUCAACUCUUGGACCAAGUUGAACAGAUUACCAAAGAACAAAAUUAUCAAAGGUAUCGUGAAGAAAGAUUCAGACAAACAAGUGAAAGCACAAACUCCAGAGUAUUAUGGUGGUCCAUCACUCAGACAGCAGUCUUAUUGGUUAUGGGUGCAUGGCAAAUGAGACACUUGAAAAGCUUCUUUGAAGCCAAAAAAUUAGUAUAAAAUAUUGUUUUGUUGUAUAUUUUUUAAUUAUAAAUAAACUUUUUGCUAAA